UCAUCGGGUCGAUUUUGUAUAGGUGUUUCGGGUCGAUUCAAAAUUGAAUCUUAUCCACAUUGAUUUUUACAGUAAUUUAAGUUCUUUUUAAAGUCGGGUCAAGUUGGGUUCAGUUUCAAGAUCAGGUCAUAUUGAGCAUUGGCCAUCAGGUCUUUUUUUGAACAUCUAUAUCUGUGGGAUAUUGAAUUGAUGACGAUGACUAUGAUUAUAAGUAUUUUGCCAAAUAUGACAAAUGGUUGGUAAAAUGACUUUUUAAGAAGUUGUUCGAUUUGCUUUUGAUGUUUGACAUUUGAAUUGUUAAUUAAUUAGUUAAAAAUAAAAAGUAUGAUAAAUGGCUUAAACAACGAACUUUCAAGCCAAAAUAAAGACGUACAAUACAUUUCUCAAACACCUCUAGUUUAUUGAUUCCUUCCAUAUUCAAUUUCUUGUAUAUUUUGUGAUUAGUCUCCCUCGGAAAAAUUCAAUCAUUAGUGACUAACAACAAUCUACCACCAAUUUUCCAUUUUCCUGUUUGCCGGCUCAAACUAUAUAUACAAACUUUGAAAAAAAACCUUUCCUUUACUCCACCUACUCCCGUCCCUUUUCAUACUCCAUCAUCUUGAUCAUCUUUUUUCAAACUUCCCCAGAAAAUUUUCAAAUCUUUCAUCAAAUCCAUGGAAAAAUCUGAAGAAGUUCCUUCAAUUCUAAUAUCAGAAACAGUAUUUCUUAAUGGAACCCAACUUCUAUUGACCUUAAAUUCAGAUGGUACUCUUAGGUGGGUUGAUGUGGGUAAUCAGAAAUGCUUGUCUUUAGAAAAAGAAGUUCUUGGAGUUUCCGUAGAAGGUUCUAGAAUCAUUCUUAAAUGUGUUAUUAAGGGUGGUAAUGGUGGGAUUCUUUUUUGCUUUCAUGAGGAAUCAAUUAGGAGGAAUUUAGUUAUUGAGGUUUCUUCAGAAGAAUCUCUUCAUGUUUGGUUUCAGAAGCUCACGGAUUUCAUUGAUUCUCUUGGUCGUCCAAAAAGGCUAUUUAUUUUGGUGAACCCGUUCGGAGGGAAGAAGUCUGCGACAAAGAUAUUUGUUGACACCGUUCAACCUUUGCUUGAGGAUGCCGAAAUCCAAUUUACAUUGCAAGAAACUCAAUAUCGGCUGCACGCGAAAGAACUUGCUCAAGGGCUAGAUCUUACCAAGUAUGAUGGGGUCGUAUGUGUAAGUGGUGAUGGGAUAUUGGUUGAGGUUGUAAAUGGCUUGUUGCAAAGAGAUGAUUGGGAUAUUGCUAUAAAGGUGCCAAUUGGAGUGGUUCCUGCAGGUACCGGAAAUGGUGUGACGAAGUCUUUGUUGGAUUCAGUUGGUGACCCUUUUUCUGUAUUUAACGCCACCCUUGCAAUCAUUCGGGGGCACAAAACCUUCCUUGAUGUUGCUACUAUUUCACAAGGGAAUACAAGAUUUUUUAGUGUGUUGAUGCUUGCAUGGGGGCUCGUAGCAGAUAUUGACAUCGAGUCAGAAAUUUGGAGGUGGAUGGGAGCUGCUCGUUUAGAUUUAUAUGCUCUGAAAAGAAUAUUUCAGUUGAGGAAAUAUAACGGACGUAUACAUUUUGUCCCUGCAUCCGGUUUUGAAGAUUACACAGAGACGAUAAGCAUAAAAGUACCAUCAAUUCAAGAUGUUCCAUUUUGCAGUUCAAAUAAAACGCCGACUGAUGCUCAAGACCGCGGUUAUGUAGGUCCUAACAUAAGCCCAGAAAACAUGAAUUGGAGGACCAUAGAAGGGCCGUUUAUAUCAGUUUGGAUCCACAAUGUACGUUGGGGUAGUGAAACUGCAAUGGCAGCUCCAAAUGCUCGGUUUUCGGAUGGCUGUUUAGAUGUAAUCCUUGUGAAGGAUUGCCCGAAACUGGCUUUGCUAUCAAUAAUGACUGAAUUGAGCAAUGGAAACCAUGUGAAAUCACCUCAUGUCUGUUACUUUAAGGUGAAAGCCUUUGUUUUGGAGCCUGGUUCUCGUAUCAAUGACUCGACAAAGGGAGGUAUUAUAGACUGCGAUGGCGAGGUGUUGGCAAGAGGUAUGGGUACAUACAAAUGUGACGAGAAGACCUUGAUGUCAUAUGAAAAUCUUCAAAUUACUGUUGAUCAAAGUCUAGCUACUCUCUUUUGUCCUUUAUAAACAAAUUGUAUACUUUUGCUCCUCUUUGAAUCUGCUACAUUAUGGUUUUCAAUGUGAGAGUAUUUUAUCAUAAUGUAUCAAUUUUAAAAGAACGGGUAUCUUCUUUUAUCCCUUAUAAACAAAUUGUAUACUUCUCCUUCCCCAUGAAUUUGCUACAUUAUGGUUCCCAAAAUGAGAGUUUUUUUUUUUUAUAAUGUAUCAAAUUCAAAAUAACGAGAAAUAGGUAUAUGAUCUUAAAUUUCUCCACAUGUACAUUUAUCAAUGUUAAUAUUUGAUUCCACUAGUGAACUAGUGUGUGUAUUGA